GCCCUGCCCAUCCCAGCCGGGGGACCGCGGCGCCCCUGCCCCGCCGCCAGGAACCAGCUGAGCACAGCUGGACCCAGCAGCCGCCGUCGCCAGCGCCGCAGCAGCAGGUGUUGCUGAUAACCCCUUGUACCGCGCUUCCGCCUUGGUCCCGACACCUCCCGACAGGAGCAAUCCUCUCCACCCAGCAGCCCUGCAAGCCCAGCAGCAUGGUGGUGGAACACCCCGAGUUCCUCAAGGCGGGGAAGGAGCCCGGCCUGCAGAUCUGGCGUGUGGAGAAGUUCGACCUGGUUCCCGUGCCCCGCAACCUUUACGGAGACUUCUUCACAGGCGACGCCUAUGUCAUCCUGAAGACGGUGCAGCUGAGGAGUGGGAACCUACAGUACGACCUCCACUACUGGCUGGGCAAUGCAUGCAGCCAGGAUGAGAGCGGGGCAGCCGCCAUCUUCACGGUGCAGCUGGACGACUACCUCAACGGUCGGGCUGUGCAGCACCGUGAAGUCCAGGGCUUCGAGUCGGCCACCUUCCUUGGUUACUUCAAGUACGGCCUCAAGUACAAGAAAGGAGGCGUGGCAUCAGGAUUCAAGCACGUGGUACCCAAUGAGGUGGUGGUGCAGAGACUCUUCCAGGUCAAAGGGCGGCGUGCGGUCCGUGCCACCGAGGUGCCUGUGUCCUGGGAGAGCUUCAACAAUGGUGACUGCUUCAUCCUGGACCUGGGCAAUGACAUCUAUCAGUGGUGCGGCAGCAAGAGCAACCGUUUUGAGAGGCUGAAGGCCACACAGGUGUCCAAGGGCAUCCGAGACAACGAGCGGAGUGGCCGAGCCCAUGUGCACGUGUCCGAGGAGGGCUCCGAGCCGGAGGCGAUGCUCCAGGUGCUGGGUCCCAAGCCGGCUCUGCCCGAGGGUGCCGAGGACUCAGCCAGGGACGACGCAGCCAACCGCAAGCUGGCCAAGCUCUACAAGGUCUCCAAUGGCGCGGGCACCAUGACGGUCUCCCUCGUGGCUGACGAGAACCCCUUCACCCAGGGGGCCUUGAAGUCAGAGGACUGCUUCAUCCUGGACCAUGGCAAAGAUGGGAAAAUCUUUGUCUGGAAAGGCAGGCAGGCCAACAUGGAGGAGAGGAAGGCUGCCCUCAAAACGGCCUCCGACUUCAUCUCCAAGAUGGACUACCCCAGGCAGACCCAGGUCUCCGUCCUUCCUGAGGGUGGCGAGACCCCACUGUUCAAACAGUUCUUCAAGAACUGGCGCGACCUAGACCAGACGGAUGGCCUGGGCCUGACCUAUCUCUCCAGCCACAUCGCCAACAUGGAGCGCGUGCCCUUUGACGCCGCCACCCUGCACACCUCCACUGCAAUGGCCGCCCAGCACGGCAUGGAUGACGAUGGCACAGGCCAGAAACAGAUCUGGAGAAUUGAAGGCUCCAACAAAGUGCCCGUGGACCCCGCCACGUAUGGACAGUUCUACGGUGGUGACAGCUACAUCAUUCUGUACAACUACCAUCAUGGCGGCCGUCAGGGACAGAUCAUCUACAACUGGCAGGGUGCCCAGUCCACCCAGGAUGAGGUCGCCGCAUCUGCCAUCCUGACUGCCCAGCUGGAUGAGGAGCUGGGAGGUACCCCUGUCCAGAGCCGUGUGGUCCAAGGCAGGGAGCCUGCUCAUCUCAUGAGCCUGUUUGGCGGGAAACCCAUGAUCAUCAACAGGGGUGGCACCUCUCGUGAGGGUGGACAGACAGCUCCUGCCAGUACCCGCCUCUUCCAGGUCCGGGCCAGCAGUUCUGGAGCCACCCGAGCUGUUGAGGUGAUCCCCAAGGCUGGUGUGCUGAACUCCAACGAUGCCUUCGUCCUGAAAACCCCCUCAGCCGCCUACCUGUGGCUGGGCACAGGAGCCAGCGAGGCAGAGAAGACCGGGGCCCAGGAGCUGCUCCAGGUGCUUCGGGCCCAACCUGUGCAGGUGGCAGAAGGCAGUGAGCCAGACAGCUUCUGGGAGGCCCUGGGUGGGAAGGCCACCUACCGCACGUCCCCACGGCUGAAGGACAGGAAGAUGGACGCCCAUCCUCCUCGCCUCUUCGCCUGCUCCAACAAGAUUGGACGUUUUGUGAUCGAAGAGGUCCCUGGCGAGCUCAUGCAGGAAGACCUGGCCACCGAUGACGUCAUGCUUCUGGACACCUGGGACCAGGUCUUCGUCUGGGUUGGAAAGGAUUCUCAAGAAGAGGAAAAGACAGAAGCCUUGACCUCUGCUAAGCGGUACAUCGAGACAGACCCAGCUAAUCGUGAUAGGCGGACCCCUAUCACCAUGGUGAAGCAAGGCUUUGAGCCUCCCUCCUUCGUGGGCUGGUUCCUUGACUGGGAUGAGUACUAUUGGUCUGUGGACCCCCUGGAGAGGGCCCUGGCUGAGCUGGCUGCCUGAGGAAGGCCCCCCCCUCUUACUGGUCAGUGCCUUUCAGAACUGUCCAUCCCGCAAGGAGACCUUACAGCGAGCAGGGCCACUCUGGUGUGUGUGUGUGUGUGUGUGUGUGUGUGUGUGUGGUUGUUGUUUUGUUUUUUUUUUGUUUUGUUUUGUUUUUUUGUUUGCUUUUUUACAGUAGCCAAAAACAGCCCUGCAAAAAAAUUCAGGGUCCUUGCAAAAUUGUCUCAAGUAUUUGUGCUUUGGGAAAUAAUUGAAUUCAAUAAAAAGCUUUUUUGAAGUG